AGUAUGAUCACGAGAAAUUCGGCGCCUUGUUCAUUAUCUGUUUAUUUUUGUAGUUACACUUAGAGGUAGUGUUUGUUCAUUAGACGUAUGUUUUACGAUAGAAAUGAAUUUUUACAUUUUGCUUUUGAUUUGUCUUUUACAAAAAUGUAGCAGUUAUGAUUACGAUGUUUUUUUUUUUAAGCAGAAGGUGGACCAUUUUACAUACACAAAUACCGAUUUCUUCUUGCAGCGUUAUUUUGUAAAUAGCAAAUAUUUUGAUCCAAAGAAUGGAACUGUAUUUUUCUAUACAGGGAAUGAAGGAUAUAUUGAAAUGUUUGCAAACAAUACGGGUUUUAUGUGGGAAAAUGCUGCUUUGUUUAAUGCUUUAAUUGUGUUUGCUGAGCAUCGAUACUAUGGUCUGUCUCUGCCUUAUGGAAAUGAAUCAUACAAGGAUAAUAAACAUCUAGGUUACCUUACAACUGAACAAGCUCUUGCAGAUUUUGCUAAUCUUAUUGCAUAUAUAAAACAAUCUACUCUUGGUGCCAGAGAUGCUCCUGUUGUUGCAUUUGGUGGAUCUUAUGGAGGAAUGUUAGCAGCAUGGAUUCGAAUGAAAUAUCCUCACUUAGUUGACGGGGCGGUUGCAUCUAGUGCACCUAUCUUACAGUUUGAUGGUUUGGCUGACUGUGCAAAAUUUUCUGAAAUAGUGACAAAUGAUUUUUCCAUGGUUGAUAAUCAAUGUGCAUUGUCUAUUAAAAAGUCUUGGAAAGUUAUUAGAUCUUUUGCUGCUUCAGGUAUGUAUUUCAUUACUUUUUUGAUCUGCAGUCUUUUUAUGUAUUAG